AUGGUUUUCGAUAUAGAAAAUAAGUUCCGGAGUUUACUCAAUUUUAACAAGUCUUCCAGUCCUCAAUCAUCGAAACCGGAAAAUAAACGUAAAAGAAAAUCUGAGGAUUGCUCAGCCGAGUUGGAUAGUUGCCAUAAUACUUCUCUUUUUUCUGUGCCAGAAAUGGUUCAUCGAGUUGUUAAAAAUACUGUUUAUGCCGAUGUUGAGUUUUCUGAUGAUGACGAUUUAGUUGAACCAAAAUCUUCUGGCAGCAUUAAAAAGGGAUUCGCAUCAAGAUUGUUUGACAUUUCAAGGCAUUUGCAUAGUAAAAAAGAGCCAAAGUUCCAGGAUAAAUUGACAUCGUCUGCCACAUCCUCAAAGCACAUUGACAAUCUUUCAAUGCUUGCAUUGUUGCCUGCUGAGAAUAUGAAACCUUCGUAUGCCUACUGUCAACCGGGUGGCAAUCAGAAGUUAAGCCUCCGAGCCUCUAAUAGUAGUUGUAAUUCUUCUGAAGUUCCAACUUUUGCUUCAUUCCCUCCACUGCACGAUUCAGAGUAUUUACCCAACACAGGGCGACUAAGUCGUCGUUCUGUUGUGGCAGAGACCGAAAAGAGUCAACAUUCAGAAAAAUAUGUAAGUUUAUGGAAGCAAGCCGAGCCAAGUCGAACCGAGUGUGAUGCACCAGCCGCUAUAUAUGAACCUAAUAACCAAUCCCAAGUGAAACGUACAACGUUGUUGCCAAUUUCCAUUUCAUCGGCCCGUGGUUUAAAAGAUAUGUCAAUUUCAUCCCUUAAGCUUCGUUGCUCGUCAAAUGCAAUUGCUCCAGGAACUACUAAAAAUAAAUCACUUUUACCUACAAAACAAAGGAACAUUCGUGAGUACACUCAUAGUGAUGAGGAAACUCAUAUUCUUCGAUCUCACGACGACCGUGAAUUCAUCAAACAAAGUCCGCAGAAGACAGAGUUGAAGUUUUUUGAUCCGAUUAACAAUCUGCGGGAUCGGGCGAAUUCCUCAACAGAAUAUAAAGACAACUGGCAUGAAAAUUCCCCGUCAAAAUCGUCUCUAUGCCGGAAUAACGUAUUUUGGAAGGAUCACAAAACCGACGCAGUCCGUAAACAGUCAAUUAAUCGGCGACCUGAUCCUGAGGUAGAAAUACAAGAUCGCUUGCGUAACAUUCAAAUUGUUGAACACAAAGCACUGCUAAGCGAUGAUUAUGAGGAGAAUACUACUAAAGCCAAGUGUAUAGAAUUCGCAAAAGAGCAUCGCGACCGUAUUAAUGCUGCUAUAUUUGGGUCAACGGAUGAAAUCUUGACAUCAAAAUUUAAUCUGAAUAUAACCAGGCGAGAUUUACGUACUUUGUAUGGUUGUAAUUGGCUCAACGAUCAAAUCAUAAAUUUCUAUAUGAAUCUUCUUAUCGAUCGCGGUGAGCGCAAUAACAGCAAAUCUAACGGUCUGCCUUCGGUAUACGCCAUGAACACCUUCUUUUUUCCACGUCUCUUACAAGCUGGUUAUGGAGGGGUUAGGCGGUGGACGCGCAAGGUGGACAUUUUUACUAAAGAUAUUUUGCCAAUUCCACUUCACCUGAUUGGCAUCCACUGGUGUAUGGCUAUUAUUCACUUGAAGAACCGUAGCAUAAAGUUCUACAACUCAAUGGGUACUCCUUGUCCGAAGAUAUUAAAAGUUCUUGAACAAUAUCUGAAAGAUGAGUCGAUGGACAAGCGUAAAAAAGCAUUCGACACGAGUCAGUUCACAAUUGAAUCGGUAAACGAUCUGCCGCAACAAAAGAACGGCAGUGAUUGCGGUGUGUUCAGUUGUAUGUUUGCCGAGUACGUAACUCGCGAUAAGAAGAUCGACUUUUCGCAAGCGAAUAUGAAGUAUUUCCGAGAAAAAAUGAUUUUAGAAAUCAUUGAAGGAAAACUGUGGCAAUGA